UAUUGAAAUUGAAUGAUGUUGUUGUUGCAUUUUUAGCAAAGCUAGGGGUAAAUGAAGUUGAAUGUUGCAUUUUUACACUAUGGUAGUCACUACAGAGCAGAAUUUAGUUGAUAGCAUAUGAAAUUUGUUAGUUCCAUCAUUUUCUGCCAAAUUGGCAUCACCUAAAGAAUAAAGGCACCGAUAACGAGACUUAUUGUUAAAGCAGAAAUUAAAACAAUUCAAACUUGUAAGGAAAAGUCAUGGUAAUGUUCAUUUGGAUUUCAGAUAAAUGACAAGAUGAGAGUUACAUGUGAAUUUAAAUGGAAACUAGUACGUAUGAUUUUAGAUCUAGAUCUAGAUCAAUUGCAGACUCUACUGAACAAUAGCAAAGUCCUCGUAGUAUUCUUUAUAAAAGCUCCAAACUUAAUAAAAGACCUGUUACACCAAUUUAGCUGCAAAUUUUACCUAAAAAUUGCCAGUUGCAGUGUCAGUUUCAUAGAGGAGAAAGAUAAAUUCCACUCACUUUCUUAGUUGAAGCAUUCAUUACUGUAAGUCUGUAACAAAUACAAGUUUACAUUUGGUUUAAACACCAUCACUUCAUUACUGUUGCCUGUUAGCUAACAUCGAAACUUUUAUGUGAAAAGUAACUGUAGCUGCAACUGUUGUUUGUGCUUGCCAGAGGCACAAAACAGAUUUAAGGAGGCAUGUUUUAUCUGAGUUUAAUAGAACACACACUGAGAUUGCCGCCUCAUUUCCUAAGUCUUCCACUCAAUGAAUCAAUCAGAGGAGAACUUGAGGGUCUCUUUGUGGAUAAGGUUAUUGCAAAUUUGGGCCUCGUGAUAUCUAUUUGUGAUAUUCGCUCCAUAGAUGGUGGUUUAAUUUAUCCAAGUGAAGGUGCCUCAACAUAUACGGUCAAGUUUAGACUGGUAGUGUUUCGGCCAUUUGUAGGAGAAGUAAUAACUGCUAGACUCAAAGAGUCCAAUGCAGAGGGUUUGCGCUUGUCGCUUGGAUUUUUCAGUGACAUUUAUGUACCCGCACCUUUAAUGCCAGUUCCAUCACGUUCUGAACCUGAUCCGGAAAACCAGAACCAAGUCAGGUGGAUAUGGAUGUUUGAUGAACAAGAAUAUCCGAUUGAUGGCGUAGAUGAGAUUAGGUUCCAAGUUCAUAAUGUUAGUUAUCCAUCAAUACCUCUUGAGCAAGAUAGAGAUUCAAAACCAUUUGCACCAAUGGUUAUAAAGGGAUCUCUUGAUGCUGAUGGUCUAGGACCAAUUUCAUGGUGGAUAUAGCGGAAUUGCUGUAGAAUCUUUGACAAGGAACCAUACAGUUAUUUUUUUUGUUGAUGGAGAGAAACAGUGUAAUUCACCUCAUGAGAGAGCAGCAAAAUGAGAUCUUUUGAGUUAAUUCAAAUUUCUUUCGUUUGGUUUAGGUAUAAGCAAAGUUCAUCUUGGUUGACAAAUCGGUAUUGCUUUAUAGCAUGUUUGGUUUCCGGUA